GCUGCUGCUUCACUCUCUCUCUUUACAGAAAGUUGUAGAAGUUUUCAGACGUGUCACUGCUGGAUGUGAGGAUGGGAGCCACUUUGCUCUGUGAGCUGGGCCUAUUCUUGCUCUGUACGCUUCUCUGCACUGGACACGCUCAAGAUGCUGUGCUAACUAUUGAACCCAAAUCGUCCAGUUUUUUCAUUGGAGAGUUUGUUACCUUCAAAUGUGACAUGAAUGAAGGAGAAGACACUGACUGGUUUUACAAAAUCAACGGGGAUGGUCAAGAAGUUUUCUCCUACAGGACAAACAAAGACUCCAAAUUAGAAAUUACAUCUACACGUGACAGUGGUGAAUAUCAGUGCAUUGGUGACAGGAAGAGCUCACGUGAUAAAAAGAUCAGUAAUACUGUCUCUAUAACUGUAUUAGAUAAACCCAGGGCCACACUGACAGCAGGAACAACAAUCAUACCAGUAGGGGGCAGUGUGACACUGACCUGCUCUGUGCAGAGCUCUGAUGGAUGGAAAUAUGAGUGGUUCAGACGAACCCAAACAACCUCUGAAGUUCAAAUCAGAGAUCAACAAAACAGAGAUAUCAUAGUAUCUGAAGGAGGAAUCUACAGCUGCAGAGGAACAAGAGGAAACCCAGUUUACUACACUGAUAGAAGUGAUGAUGUCACCAUUGAGAAAACCUCAGAUCAACCAAAGGCCCAAAUAAUGUCUGAUAUGAGAGACAUCCCAGUAGGGGGCAGUGUGACCCUGACCUGCUCUGUGAGCCCAUCAUCAUCAUCUGGAUGGAAAUAUUACUGGUACAGAGAUGAGAAAUCCUCUGAAGCCCUGACCACACAAGAUGCAGUUUUCCACUCAAAUGGACAAAUCAGUGUCUCACAGGAAGGACUCUACAGGUGCAGAGGAGGAAGAGGAAACCCAGUUUACUACACAGAGGACAGCCAGUCAGUCAGGAUUGAUCACAGGGCAGCACCUGAAAGCUCUUCAUUUCUCACUCCUUUGAUUGUUGGACUUGUUUGUGGAAUUUUACUGAUUCUUCUUCUGCUGCUGUUGUGUCGCUUCAAAAAGGAUUCAUUCUUUACCAGAACUCGGAGCACAAAUCAGAGCUCUGCAAUGAACCACGUGAUCAAGGAUGAAGCUCAACACAGUCGACAUAAUUCUACUUUUCAAGGUGAUGCUUGUGUUUAUGAAUCAAUCAAAGACCACGAUGACACACAAAAUGAUGGCAGUGUGUUGUAUGCACAGGUCUCCCACGAUAGAGCUAAAACCAAGAAAGACAACGAUGACAGCCUGUUGUAUGCACAGGUCAAUUACAAUAAUGCGAAACCGAAGAGACACAAAGGGAAACCAGCUCCUGCAGCAGCUGAUGAAACAGUUUAUUCUGAAGUUAAAUCACAAACAGCUCUGGGUAACUGUGCAGAAAUAAAAUAGCUUACAUGUUGUGAUUUGUUGCUGUAACGAUGAACUCAAGUACUCAAGUUUUUAGGGAGUAAAUUUAGUUCCAAAUCACCUUUAAUGACUGAAUUAUGCUGCAUCAUUUCUUUCAGAUUAAUAACAAGAUCUGCAAAACCAACUGGAUCAGUGACAAAACUGAGUUUCAUUUGAAUUUAAGAGAGCUUUAGAGAAAUUGAGAUUAUGCACUGUUUGAUAAGAUAAAGUAAAAUAAGUAAAAUCUUUCAUCAUAAUAGCCCAAGUGAUAAUCUGGCUUUGAGACCAGGAUGCUUCGCACACAUGAACAUUCACUGAACUGCAAGUGUUGUU